CAACAAAUUAUUCUUAUCUUUCUAGUUCAUAGUAACACAUUCAUUAUCACAACAAAUCGAAAUGGUUCUAAGAAAGAGGGCAAUGACACCGAUGAAACUAAAAUCGUCUACAUCCAAAUCUGCAGGAAAAUCAGGCACACCAAUGUCACCAACGUCUUCUGCAUCAACACCAUCAGCCACAUCAACCUCGACACCGGGAACAACACCAACCACAAUGGGUCCAAAUCAACCAAAGUCGAAUUUUCCUAAUUUUAAAAUUUUCAUUGAAUACUGUGUAGAGAUUGACAUGAACCAACCACCAUUCACUUCACAGCAUUUAGAUGCACCAGUAUCAGCUAAGCAUGGAUUGGUUAAAUUUGUCAAUAUUGACAGAAGUUUACUAUUAAUGCUGACAGAGAAAGAAAUGUUUCUAGACAAACCGUUAUGGUGGCCAGGAACAACUGAACUGUGCAUUAACUAUGGAUGCUUAUAUGAUGUUAUUUUAUCAAGAGCAGAUGAAAGAAAAUUCGCCUUAGACAUUAAAUCCUAUAAUCCAGGGAAACGCCUAAUUCAUGUCUUCUCAUCAGUUAGCCGAGAUGACCGAGAAAAAUUGGUUACAAUACUGAAAAAAAAUGUUGAACACUACCAUGAAAUGAUAAAUCGUGAAAAGGCAAUGCAACAACAACAAGCCACUUAUUAUUUAAAUCAAGCGAAUGCUCAAAAACCACCUGGAUCCUAUGUAGAUCAAACAAUAAAUGCUAAAGACGCAAAUGUUACUCCGAUACUUCCAUCACCACAAAAGAAACAGUCCUCGGGUCGAUUUUCAAAAAAGCCAGCUUUAAAAUCACCUGUUAAACCACUGUCGUUUGAAGAUUUUCCACAUUCCAGUAGUAUGAAUUCCCCGAAAAUAUUUAACUUCAGCAAUGCUGACUGUGAAGCUUUCGGUUAUUCCCCGACUAUAUAUCCAGUGAGUCAUUCAAAUGACAGUGCAAAUCAUCAGCAUAGAAACAGAUCACUUAGUCCUACUCCACUACAGUGUACAACACCAGAAAUUUAUCAUCCUAAACCAUCUCAACUGGCACGUUAUCCAAGAUUUGAAGAGAAAGCAAAUCAAGCUGAUGGACCUUUGUUACACACGAGAGCUUUAUCUAGAUCACAACCACAACUAGCCUACCCUUAUGAUAAUGCCUAUAACUAUCAAGAUGAAUAUAUUCAUAAAGUGGAAAGCCAAAGCAGUUACAGAUCACCUGGUUAUACAUCUCAUUCACCAAUUGUACCAAAAUAUGUCAAUUCAUCAGCAUCAGCAGCAAACACACCGAGUCGAGUGGUUCGCUAUAAUGAUGAUGCUUACGAACAGGAAAUCAGUGAUUCAAAAAGUAUUAAACUCAAUGGUGAUGACUUAGUUCUGAAAAUUAACUGUUAUAAUCCUGAGAAUCGGUCAAAAUCACCUGGAGCAACGCAUAUUGUUCGCAUUAGUCAUGGGGAUGACAGUGAAAAGAAUGGUCGGAAGAAAUUGCAAUAGUAUAUAACAGAAUUACCAGCUCCAGUCUAUCUGUGUGUAUUCUUGUGUUCUCUCGUCUAAUGGUUUAUACCUUUUUAGUUUAGGUAACACCAUGAAAUAUGAAUUGACUAUGGUUUUAAUCUAGUUCACCUUUAUUUGAAAAAGUGAAUAACUACACACACGCACAGUUCUGGUUUAUUUUCACUGAAUUUUGUUCGGAAUGGAUAUUCACAGAAACAGUAACAGUGAUUUAUUGUUAUUUAUUGUUUACUAAUAUUGGUUUAUGCUAAGUUUGCCUUAAUUUUACUUUCAAAC